AUGCCACACACCGUGAGUUUCCUGGACACCGCUCACCUCUGGUAUCUCAAUGACAAGCCGUCCACAGCUUAUAUUUACGCCACCUGGUCCAAGGUGCGCAAGCGACACAGCAAAGCGAGCUUACAGUCAGUCAACGGCUUCUGUAAAUGUUUGGCCGGCAGCAGUUUGGAGAAGGGCCGGCCCCGAGGCCACGGUGACCUUUUCUCCAUUGGCCCUGUGUCGUCAGCCCUGAUGUGUUCCACUGGCACGGCAGCCACAGGAGACAAACCGGGACCUCAGGCUAAAGGGGCUUUCUGCUCAGAGGAGGACCAGGACGAGCUGAAGAGCCUGCAGCAGGCCUCUCUGUCCAAUGUGGUGGAGGAGUUCUUCUGGGUAGGCACCAGCCUUGUGGCCUUCUCUAAGUGGAGGCUUGGCUACAUGGUGGAGAAAUGUAUGAGCUCCAUGCAGAUGGGAACCCAGAUGGUGAAGCUCCGUGGUGGCUCCAAGGGACUGGUGCGGUUCUUCUAUCUGGACGAACACAAGUCCUGUAUCCGCUGGAGACCGUCGCGCAAGAAUGAAAAGGCCAAGAUCUCCAUCGACUCCGUUCGUGAGGUUUGUGAGGGUAAACAGUCCGAGAUCUUCCAGCGCUACGCAGAGGGCACCUUCGACCCCAACUGCUGCUUCAGCCUGUACUACGGAGAACAUGUGGAAUCUCUGGACCUGGUGUCUGGCACUGGAGAGGAGGCGAGAACCUGGAUCACAGGCCUGAAAUAUCUGAUGGCAGGCAUCAGUGAUGAGGACAGCCUGGCCAAGAGACAGCGCACUCGUGACCAAUGGCUGAAGCAGACCUUCACUGAGGCUGAUAAGAAUGGCGACGGCAGCUUAAGCAUCAGCGAGGUCCUGCAACUCCUGCACAAACUCAACGUCAACCUCCCCAGACAGAAGGUCAAACAGAUGUUUAAGGAGGCUGACACAGAUGACAACCAGGGGACACUUGGCUUUGAGGAGUUCUGCUCCUUCUACAAGAUGAUGUCAACCCGCAGGGACCUGUACCUCCUCCUGCUCACCUACAGCAAUCACAAAGACCACCUCAACACCGAUGACCUGGCCCGCUACCUGGAGACUGAGCAAAAGAUGACCAAGGCGACCAAGGACCACUGUCUGGAAAUUGUCAACAAAUUUGAACCCUGUUCUGAAAACCAGAAAGAAGCCGUUUUGGGAAUUGAUGGUUUCACAAAUUACACACGCAGCCCAGCAGGGGACAUCUUCAACCCAGAACACUACAAUCUGAACCAGGACAUGAACCAGCCGUUGUGCAACUACUUCAUCGCCUCCUCACACAACACAUAUCUGAUGGGUGACCAGCUGAUGUCACAGUCUCGGGUGGACAUGUACGCCUGGGUGCUGCAGGCGGGCUGUCGCUGUGUAGAAGUGGACUGCUGGGACGGUCAAGAUGGUGAGCCCAUCGUCCAUCACGGCUACACCCUCACUUCAAAGAUUCUCUUCAAAGAUGUCAUUGAGACCAUCAACAAGUACGCCUUCGUCAAGAAUGAUUACCCAGUCAUCCUGUCCAUCGAGAACCACUGCAGUGUCCCUCAGCAAAAGAAGAUGGCCCAGUACCUUGUUGAGAUCCUGGGGGACAAACUGGACCUGGCCAACAUCAAAGCAGAUGAGUCUGGACAACUGCCGUCACCAGAAACCCUCAAGGGCAAGAUCCUCGUUAAGGGGAAGAAACUGCCUCCCAACAUUGAUGAGAACGCAGAGGAAGGAGACGUGUCAGACGAGGACAGUGCUGAUGAGAUGGAGGACGACUGCAAGCUGAUGAACGGAGAUUGGAAGACAUCUGCCAACAGAAAGCAGGUGGAGAACAUGGCCAAGAAAAAGCUUGACAACCUGAUGAAGGAGUCAAAGAUUCGAGACAGAGAAGACCCAGACAGCUUCACCAUAGCAGCCCUCCCUCCAGCCGGGAAGCCCUCGGAGAAGACUGGCUCCAAGGGUAAAAGUGAGGAUGGGACGGACACAGCAGACGAGGCUAAUCCCAGCAGCAACAAGCAUUCAAGUCGUUCCUUUAUUGGGAGCUUUUCAAAACGCAAGAAAAAAACGACCAAGCUGAAGAAGACAUCGAGCUUUGAAGACACAGAUACUGAUCAAGAGAGCACAAGUAGUGUUUCCCGUGUCCCCCUGCACCACAGCAAAAAGAAGAAGACAAUGAAGUUAUCUAGAGCUCUGUCUGAUCUGGUUAAAUACACAAGGUCGGUUGGUCUCUAUGACAUUGAAGCAGAAGCCAACUGCACCUGGCAGGUGUCGUCGCUCAGUGAGACCAAAGCCCAUCAGGUGAUGCAGCAGAAAGCUACGUCCUUCAUCCACUUCAACCAGCGGCAGCUCUCCCGCAUCUACCCGUCCUCUUAUCGUGUGGACUCCUCCAACUUCAACCCUCAGCCCUUCUGGAACGCAGGCUGCCAGCUCGUUGCACUCAACUACCAGUCAGAGGGCCGGGUCCUGCAGCUCAACAGAGCCAAGUUCUAUAGCAACGGCAACUGUGGCUACAUCCUAAAGCCUGUCUGCAUGUGUGAAGGUGCCUUUAACCCCAACCUGGAGGACCCGCUGCCAGGUCAGAUGAAGAAACAGCUGGUGUUGAAGAUCAUCAGCGGACAACAGCUGCCAAAACCCAAAGACUCUAUGUUAGGGGACAGGGGAGAGAUCAUUGAUCCCUUCGUGGAGGUGGAGAUCAUUGGCCUUCCAGUUGACUGCUGCAAGGAGCAGACCAGAGUGGUGGAUGAUAAUGGGUUCAACCCGAUGUGGGAGGAGACUCUGGUGUUUACGAUCAACAUGCCAGAGCUGGCCCUGGUGCGUUUCCUUGUGUGGGAUCAUGACCCCAUUGGCCAGGACUUCAUCGGCCAGCGCACCAUCGCCUUCAACAGCAUGAUGCCAGGUUAUCGCCAUGUGUACUUGGAAGGUAUGGAGGAGGCGUCAAUCUUUGUUCAUAUAGCUGUGAAUGACAUCACUGGUAAGGCCAGAGCAGUCAGCGGCAUAAAAGGGCUGUUUCACAGAAACCCAAAGCAAGCUUCCCUGGACAGCCAUGCUGUUGCACAGCACAGCCGUAAGCACCCGUUUGGUGCCCACCUCCUGCGCCGCACUGCCAGUGCACCAACCAAAGGCCAGCCCAAAAUCAAGAAGGGCUACCCAGAGAUCACCAUCGACACCAAAGACUACAGCUCAGAGGGCGCUAGUGAGGAUCGAGAGUCCGAGGACCGGGACAAGGCCUCGGCUGCCGCCUCUCAACAGCCCACGCCACCACAACACCCGACUGGGGUUUCACUGGCAUCCCACCAAGCCACCAAGGCGCCCAGGGACCAUCCUGACACCAAUGGGGCUUUUCACCCUGAGGAGGGUAAAGUCUGUUCUACAGUGCAGAGACCAGCUCCCUCGCUUCCAUUUCCUCUGCUGAGCUCUGAAGACCCCAGGAACCCACAUUCCAUCCGUUCUCCAAAAGAGAGGCUUGCAUCACAUUGUGCUUCAUCUAGACUACUGCACUCAGCAUCCACAGCAAUAAAUGCAGACUCCCCAUUGGCUGUUGCUUCAAAUGGGCUUAUGGACAGCCCCAUCAAGAUGAGAGACAAUGUGACUUUUCCUACCCUUUCCAGAACUCUGUCCCUCUCCAUGACAAAGCCUGCUGAGAAUACUGUCCUGUCCCAGUGCAGUCAAGACAACCAGACCAACAGAAGUACUUAUUCAUUCAACCAAGAAACUCUGACAGAGAAGACAGAGGAUAUGGCAGAAUUCAAGUCUGACCUCAGAGUGCAGGCUCCUGCUGCAUCAGUGUUCACUGGAACCCCUGCAGUCCGAGCACCUCAGAAAGCCCAGGCCAGGAGAGCCCUUUUUAAUAGUCUGCCAUCACACCCACCAGUAAGAAGAACAAAAAGCGAGAGUCAUGUUCGGAUGGAUGUCGCUGCAGCUGGACAGCCCCAGUCAGCCAUACCAGAGGUCUGCACUGAUGCAACCAUGAAUGACCGCCUUUGGAGAAAGCUGGAACCAAGCAGCCACCGAGACAGCAUGUCCUCCUCCUCUAGCAUUUCUUCCAGCGACACAGUCAUUGACCUGUCCCUGCCUAACCUGGCCAGGAAAAGACUCAUCAGCCUGCCCACAACCAGCAGCACCUGCAGCCCUCCCUGGGUCAACUGCCGUCAUUCAGCAUUACUCUCCUAUGAUACCCUGCCAGUCAGCAAGAGCAAGUCAAUCCCAAAUCUUCAGCAAAGUCACGGCUCCGUAGAUGAGCUUAAUCCCCGACCCCUGCAGCCCCCCCAGGAAGCUUGUAUGGACUCACCAAGCAGACUGACUCAAAGGAGGCACACCUGGAGUCGGCUCUACAUGGAAGGGCUUAAGCAGUCAUCAGCCAACAGGUCUUCCUCUGCAACCACAACCCCAACAGAUACUACUUCCAUGUCCAAAAGCCUUGGGGAUCUGACCUCUGAUGACAUUUCCUGUAACUUUGACAGCAAGUACCGCAGCAUCAGCCGCAGCUUUAUUGUUAGGCCAACUAGGGAACAGCUGCGCAAGGGCAGCCCACAGAAGUCUCGUCCAUCCAACAACCUGACAGAGCAACUACGGAAAUUGACGGAUGUGGAGCCACUGACUGCAAGUGACUUUGUCUCAGAAAACAGGCCUAGAGAGUCACACGAGGAGACUGUGGAUGAAACCUUGGUGCGAAGGACCUCCUCGAGGAGCCAAAGCAGAGUGCGGUACAUUGCAAACAGGGCCAAGAAGGCAAUGGAAAGGCAGAGGCUCCAGGGCCUGGUCCAGGGCAGAAGUGCAAGUUUUAGUCUUGCUGGUAACAUUGGCAGUGGAAGUAGUGCUAGCCCCAUUGAGGAACGGGGAAACCCCGAAGGGGCGUGUUGCGUGGCCCGCAGUCCCUGCACCAGCCUGGACCUGCUGAGUCAACUUACCCCCCUAGGAUCGCCAAGACAGCCCGAGUCCUCCCCAAACCCUGAAAACAGUGAAGUCUUUUUUAUGCUCAAACUCUAA